CAGCGUCACUUAGUUAUUACUUUGUUAUGUACAUCAGCUGAUCUAGCCAUGAAGACGAUCAUCUGCAACAAUUGCGGUCGAUAACACCCGACUGCAUCAACAUCAAUUAUCAGAUGUUUUUUUCGAAAUGAGCUAACGAAUGGAGGAUCUUAUUAGUUCUUCCAACACCACUGGUUUUACUUACAUUUUCAGUUGCCUGCGCUACAUUUGUUUUCCUGUGCGGUCAGGGCCCAGAUACCUGGCAAGCUAAGCUAAUUCUCACGUCUCGUUUGCUAGCAAUAAAGAUGCUUGUAUGUAAUUAACGUUUUCUUCUACCGAAACAAUUUGUGAAAAUGGUGGACACUGACAACAACUAGUUGGUCAUAAAGGUGUCGGGAAGAGCAUUUACUUGUGUGUUUACCCUGGUAAAGUAGUUAGCUUUGUGAUUAAGACUGGUAGUCCAAGCAACCUUACUUCUAUAAAAUUGCAUUGAGUGAGAACUGCUACAGUCGAGUAGGCUAAGUCAACUUGAAGACACCAAUGAAAAGAUACGGGUUCUGACCCUGCAAUUUAAACCCCUAACUAUAGUAACCCUCUUACAGUGUAAGAUGUGGUUAAAAUUAUUUUUCUUGCUGCUGUACUUUUUGGUGUUAUUUGUUUUGGCCCGAUUUUUUGAAGCUGUUGUCUGGUAUGAAACUGGCCUUUUUGCCACCCAAUUGGUUGAUCCUGUAACACUGAGUUUUAAAAAGCUGAAAACAAUUCUAGAAUGUCGAGGACUGGGAUACUCUGGGCUUGCAGAGAAGAGAGAUGUCAGAGAAUUGGUCAAAAAUUCAGGUGACCUGAUGCAAGGAGAGUUAUACUCAGCCAUCAAUAAUGAAAAGGAGCAAGCUGAGUCCAAGUCUGAGUCAAGUACUACCUUUAGUGGCGAGAUGCACUUUUAUGAGCUGGUGGAGGACACCAAAGAUGGCAUUUGGUUGGUCCAGGUAAUUGCCCAAGAUCGAGAUGCUCUGUUGAGCAAAGCCAACUGGGUUAAAAUGGUCCAAAAGGUUUCUCAGUUUGGGAUUCGGACUGGGACUUUUAACUGCUCCAAUGACUCAAGGUAUUGUCGUAAAAGGGGUUGGAUGAAAUCCACACUUAUAAUGUCUGUGCCCCAGACAUAUUCUUCAAAAGGAAAGGUUAUGCUCAAAGAGUACAGUGGCAGACGCAUUGAGAUAGAGCACAUCUUCAAGUGGAUGACUGCACAUGUAGCAUCCCGUAUAAAAACUAUCAGUGUUUCUCAACAGCUUGUUGAAGAGUGGCACCCAAGUGAGAAGCACCCAGUAAAGAUGUUCCUAUUUGCCAAGCUUGCCCAACCCCCAGCCUUUUUCUCAGCUCUCAGUGUAAAAUUUACAGGUCGGAUCGAGUUCAUCUUUGUAGAUGUUCGAACCUGGGACAAUAUAACCUCUUUGGAAGAGAUGGGUGUGCAACAGAUGCCCUCAUACAUCCUAAAAAUGCCAGAGGGCAUCUACAAAUAUGGGAACAGCACAGGAGAGUUCAUCUCCCUACAGGCCAUGGACAAUUUUCUUCGUUCAGUUCAGCCAGAGGUCAAUGAUCUGUUUGUGCUGAGUUUAGUGAUGGUCAACCUCAUGGCCUGGAUGGACCUGUUCAUAACACAGGGUGCUACUAUCAAGCGCUUUGUAGUUCUCAUCAGCACGCUGGGGACCUAUAACUCUCUGCUCAUUAUCUCCUGGUUGCCCAUUCUGGGGUUUCUGCAGUUGCCAUAUCUGGAGAGCUUUUAUGACUACAGCCUCAAGCUUUUGCGUUAUGCAGACACCACCACCAUUGCCUCCUGGGUGAGGACUGACUGGACCUUCUACUCUUCCCACCCUGCCUUAUUCCUUAGCACAUACCUGGCGCAUGGGCUGCUCAUUGACUACUUUGAGAAGAAGAGGAGGUGCAACAAUGACGAAGAGAACCCCAAUAACUUGGAGUGGCUGUCUAGCCUCUGGGACUGGUACACCAGCUACUUGGUCCAUCCAAUAACCUCCUUUCAUAAUUUCCCCAAUGAGUCGGACUGGGACGACGACCCAAAUUUCCUUCUGGAGAGGUUGGCUUUCCCUGAUCUAUGGCUUCACCCACUAAUCCCCAUCGAUUACAUCAACAACCUUCCAACGUGGAGGUUUAAAUGCACACUGGUCUGUCAAGCAAACUCAGACGGGAACGGUGUAGGAGAUCGGGAAUGCGACACAAAAAACACUACAGGAGGAUGGACCGGAGAAACAAAAAAUGAGCAUGAAGAACAUGGCUAUGUUAUGGAGACACACUGUGCCUCUGAUUUGUGUUGUCCUGCGGGAAGUAGAGAGGAUCUGCCAUGCGUUAAAAGGGAAGAGCAACAGCAGCAGGCGGAUUGGUCCCAAUGGCCCGAUGACAUGAUCCACUGCACCGAGUGUGUUGUGUGUCUGGAGAACUUUGAGACUGACUGCAUCAUCAUGGGGCUGCCUUGUGCGCAUGUGUUCCACCAGCAGUGCAUUGUGAUCUGGUUAGCUGGUGGACGGCACUGUUGCCCGGUGUGCAGGUGGCCAUCCUACAAGAAGAAGCCAGUUAGAUCAUCUGACCCUGGCCUGGAUCAACCCGAACAGCAGGAAUAGUAGAAUGUUUGUCUGCAAACCUGCAUCCAGUCCUGCACUUAACUUAUAUACAUUGUUGAUGUGUCAAUUGUCAGUCCAUAGAUUCUUGUAUAGCUGGUUUUCAUUUUAUUUUGUAUUAGUGCAAAACAAACCUACACACAAAUAGGGUCAAUCAGUCAGAGGGGAAAAUAAUCUUCCAAUAUGGUUAUUCUCAUAAAUAAUAGCUUUAUAAGAAAGUGGUGACUCAAUCUGCCUUUUUUCAGUAGAUAAAUAUGCAUUUACAAUAUGUCAUUUGGAGACCUCUAAAUGGUCUUAAUGGUUUGCCCUCACCCCUGAAGAAAUGCAACAUUCAGAGAAAGAGUUUUGUAACUCUUAGGACAUAACUCAAAGAUGGUAUAACGAAGUGAGAAAGAUCUUAUCUCUUAGCACAAUUUUGUCUAUCAAAAUGUUCUUAUUUAUUCAUUAUCAAUCUGAUAUGAAGUUGCUUCAAUACUUAAGAACUCUUUUGGUUAUUCAAAAAAAGUUGUGGGCCAAGAUAUGGGCCUGGAAGCCAGGACAUUUCUGAUAUAUUUUGAAAUCUAUAUUUCAGGCAUGUGAUUUGGUUUUUAUAGUAUGUAAGAACCUAACAAUGAAAUAACAUUUUCUAACUUAAUUCCAUUAGUGCAUUCUCUUACCCUGCAGCACCAGCAAGUUUUGUUGUUCGAAAUGGAAUGACCCUUGAAAUGGUUUGCUAUGCAGCUCCGUGGCUGACUUAAGUUUUCAUGUGUCGUUGGAGCAUGUCAAUGCCUCUUAUCUGUGUUUGUUAACGGAUUAACAUUUAUUUAUGGGUAUCCCAACAAAUCAAUUCACUUAUUUUUAUCAUCAGUGUUGGAGUUUGAAAAGAGAAUUGGAAUUGUUGACAUGUAACAUGUUACUCAUUUAAAUAAAUGUUUUCAUAUGGAA